AUGACAUCUGAAGGGAGCAGUAAUGGAUUUGUGCAACCAGCAAUUCCAAAGCUUGAUGGUCACUAUGAUCAUUGGAGCAUGUUGAUGGAGAAUUUUUUGAGAUCAAAGGAAUAUUGGGGAUUGAUUGAAGAAGGAAUUCCUGAAGUAAAAGAUGAAGCAGCCUUGAAUGAGGCACAAUUAAAGGCAAGAAACGACAUGAAGCUAAAGGAUCUAAAGGCGAAGAAUUACUUGUAUCAAGCAAUUGAUCGAGUUGUUCUAGAGACUAUUCUCAAGAAAGACACCGCCAAAGACAUAUGGGACUCCUUAAAGAAGAAGUAUCAAGGCACGAUUCGAGUCAAGCGGGCUCAAUUACAAGCUCUUCGUAAAGAGUUUGAAAUUCUGAACAUGAAAACCGGAGAAUCUGUGAAUGAGUAUUUUGCAAGGACGCUGACAAUUGCAAACCGAAUGAGAACUCAUGGAGAGAAGAUGGAAGAUGUUACGAUCAUAGAGAAGAUUCUACGCUCUAUGACCUCUAAAUUUGACUAUGUCGUAUGUUCAAUAGAAGAGUCUAAUGACAUUGAUACUAUGUCAGUAGAUGAGUUGCAAAGUUCACUGUUAGUGCAUGAGCAACGCAUGUCAAAUCACAUUGAGGAAGAGCAAGUUCUCAAAGUGACUCAUGUUGGAAAUUCCUAUGGAAGAAGCAGAGGCUGA